CCAAGGGUUGUUGACAGAUUUGUGUUGGGAUGCGAAAUUUAUUAUUAAUUCAAGAAACGAAAUAAUAUGUAUAGAAGUAACCAGUUAAAUCGUAGAAAGUGGUAUUAAGCAUGCAAAAUUACAUUAAGUUAUCUUGCGUAGUGAUUCUGUGUUUUAUUCCGCAGUGACCGCGUUCAGUUUUGUGUGUGCGACUUCUUGCGAUAAAAGCAUAUCCCGCGUGCUUGAUGCUGUUACAGAGUUCGCACCUUAUACAAACGAAGGAAACCAACGUAAAUACAUGACAGCUGGUUGACAGAUGCCAACGAGAAGUUUCCCGCAACUUGUUAUAAUAAUAUGUACUCAAAAGCUGUGAAAGUUUCUUCCGAGACCAGAAUACAUUUUCGACAAACCUCUAUUUCUCUUUCCGAAGCAGCAAACAAACGAAUUACCGGUGACAAAACAAACAGAGAUUCCACAGGUGAUUUGAGAUGCUUUAUAUGCGACGGAAAAAUUACUGGAACCUGCUUCCCACUUGUCGUUGGCGUAACGCCAUACAGUAAAACAGACAUACCAACAAAAAUAGGCCAGUUAAUGGGAGAAGGUUUUAUGGUAGUAGUGUCUGAAGACGAUAAUUUAUGUAAGAGAUGUACGUCACUGUUGUAUCAACUUGACAGAUUAGAAGUGGAUCUGAAUUUAGUAAAAGAUGCAUUAACGAAUUACCUAAAACUGAAGUAUCAGUUAAAUGAAGAGGAUCAUGAAAUAGCAACUAGCAGAGAUGACUCAAGUUUUCUACUUUACAAUGAGGAAGAGAAUGAAAAUGACAAAGCUAGUUGCAAGAAGUUGUGUGGCAGGGAAGGAGAGGUUGCAGUAGAUGAGGAAUUUAAGGAUGGAUGUGAGAAUAUUCCAGGAAUUUUAAGCAGCGCAACAAAGAGUCCCAAAAAGAUAAAUGCUGAAAUAAUACUGGAUGAAAGACUUGGUAAGAGGAGGAAGAAGAAAAGGAGAACUACAGAUGCAUUGGGUGUUUUAAAUGGCCAGUCAUCCUCCACAAAUAAGGAAUACAAAUGCAAGAGUUCUCGAGGAACCCAGAAACAAAUAAAAAAUAUUCAUUCAGCAGAGUGGCUGUGCCAUAUCUGUGACAUGAUUUUUGAAGAAGAAAACAUGCUUGCAUCACAUAUAAAAACUAGCUCUCAUAAUGAUAUGGUACACCAUAAGCUGCAGAGUGGACAGCCUGGUAACAAGAAAACAAGUAUUUUCAUUUCUGGAGAAUACACCUGCAGCAUUUGCAACUUCAAAACAGGAAGCAUAGCGACUUACAGAGACCAUCAGCAGUUUCAUUUUCAAAAUCCCUCAGAAUACGAGUCAUCAUGUAAAAGCUUUCUAAAGAGAGCACAUGGCCAAAAAUUGAAUUCAUACAAAACAGACGAUCAUUUUGUGGACAGUACAGAGAAAGGAAGUGAACAGAAAGUAAUCCAGGAAGAGCUCACCUGUAAUUUACAAAAUGGUAUCACAAAAGAUGGCUUUAAUAUUCUGAAGGCAGAAGACAAGGUGACUGUUGACACUAAUUAUACAAUGACUGAAAGUCAGAAGUUAGCCACUGAGGACAGAAUUCCCAACACAGAACAUUAUUUCUGCAGUUCUUGCUCUUUAGUGUUUCUCUCAGAUAGGUUACUACAGCACCAUAAAAAUGUACAUCAUACGCUACCAUCAUUAAGGAAAGACACAUUACUUACUACAGAAAUAACCAGUCAUAAUUUUUGUGAUUUACAGCAGAAAGGUUGCUUGGACAGUAAUAAGUCUUCCAACCAGUAUAUGAACAAUGAAAAUUUUAUGAACUUGUUUAAAAAAGUAAGCACUCAAUUUAUGCAAGUUCCUAAUAGAAGUAACAAUAACUUAAAUGGCACAGAGUUAGCCAUUGAAAAUGUAUCAGGAAGAGUGACUUCCAAUUCCACUACAUGUGCAAAAAAUGAUUGUGAUUCUAGCCAGCAUGCUGAUGGUGAAAUAGAUUAUACAGUUUCUGGUAAAAAUGAACAGCAGUCUGCAACAACUCAGAACUCAACUUUUGAAAACUCUAGUGAAUCCUUAGUAACAACACAUAGGUCACAUUCAUCUGAAGCAACCCAAGUAAAUAACAGUAUUCCAUGUAAUUUUCCGAUUAAUAAAUUUAUGGAAAAUGCUAGGACUGACUCAGCUGUAAAACAAAAGGGAAAUUCUGAGAAAAAUGUUAGUUCUAAUUCAAGCCAUGAAUAUUUAUUAGGUGCACCAUACAGAGAUAUUCAGAAAAGUGAACUUGUGUCAAAAAAUGGAACUGAAAGUACAAAGCAGAAAGACUGUGAGAUGAAGGCAAAAGUUGAUAAUGAAACAUCUCUGUCAGAUAGCUGUGGAUCAAUAAGUUAUCCACCACAAACAAUGAAGGAAUUGAGGACACCUUUUCUUUUUCAUAUAACAAAACCAGGAACUGCACAGUGUGAAAUUUGUGGCAAAUUCUUUUCUAGCAACAGUAAAAUGUUGUACCAUAGAGAUAUAUGUUCAAAGAAUUUAAGCUGUAAGUUAUGCAAUAAGCAUUUUCUAAAUAUGAAUGAUCUACAUAAACAUAAUAGUGAAAAACAUCAAACACAUAAAAUGCAUCAUAAUUGUAUGCACUGUUCAGCAUCAUUUUUGACAAAGGAACUUUGUCUGACACAUGAAGAAAAUUGUGUAUUUGUGCCCUAUUGUGAUGAAUGUGGAGAAAAAUUUUCUGAAGUUGAUCAGCUGCGGUCUCACAAGGAUACAACUCAUAGAGAUCCUCACUGUCGCUAUUGCGGUAAGGAAAUACUUAAAUUAAAAACAUUACGAUAUCAUGAAUUGAGGCAUAUGAAAGAGACUGCAGAAAAGUUUGAAUGCAGUGAAUGUGAAAAAGUAUUUAAAACAAAAACUGGCCUGCGACAUCAUUUUGCGCUACAUACUGGCCAAUACAAAUUUUGCUGUGAUUAUUGUGGCAGAGGUUUCAUGUCAAGAAUGAUGAUGGAAGAACACAGAAGCAAGCAUACAAAGGAGGAACGUUACAUAUGUGAUGUCUGUGGUCGUAAGUUUUGUUUCCAGAGUACAUAUUGGAUUCAUCGAAAAUGGCAUGACAACCCAUUCCCAUACAAAUGUAAUUUUUGUGGUCGUAAAUUUCGACACUCUUCAUUGUUAGCAGUGCACAAACGUAAACAUACUGGAGAGCGACCCUACAAAUGCCCUCACUGUCCUCUUACUUUUCCUGUUGGAGGCACAUUGAAACGCCAUAUCAUUCUGCACACAGGAGUUUACCCAUAUAAUUGUGAAGUCUGUAAGCGUGGUUUUACAACUCGUCACAAAUUUGCUAUUCAUCUUUCUAAAAUUCAUGGUGACAGUAAAAUGCUAAAUGAAAAAUCGCGACCAAAUGAGUUUAAAAUGGUCAUUAGAGAUAAUGAAACAGUGAAGAAGCAAGAUAAUGUGGAGCCAUCAGCUGAAUGGCAGAACCCUGACGAUUCUGAGCAAGUUGAUAUGAACUUUAGAUUAGGAAGUUCAGCAGGCGGUGUGGAUAAUUUUGACCACUUGGAGGGAGCAAUGUCAUGCUCCUUGGUUCCAGAUGAACUUUUAGUUGGAAAUGCUUUUGCAACCAGAGUCGUUGAGAUAGUUCUUGAUGACACUUCUCAAGCUGUUGCUGCAGUGACUGUUGCAGAUCCUGAAGCAAAUAAUCUUCCUGAUCUGUGGUAUCAAAACAAUGUACAGAGUAAUCAGAUAGCAGUUCAGAAUAGCCAAGUGGCACUAAAAACUGAACUGCAACCUGAAUUACAAAUGAGCAAGUGUGAAUUGCAAAAUACCAAGACAACACUACAGAAUAAAAUGCUGGCAUCACAAACAGUACUGAACAGUGCAAUUCAGCAGAUGUCUAUGGCAAAACAAAGUGUAGCCGCAGCAUUUUUGGAUGCUGUACAUAUGUUAAUAGAAGAUGCUACAGCCAGAGGUAACAACACGGAUACCCAAAACAGUUGCACCAGGCACAACUAUGCAACUAAGGAUGCAUGUAACCAUCUGCAGCAAUCAAAUAGCAGCACAAAUCAACAACAAGAUUCUUCUAACAAUAUUUUUCCAGACUCGGAUAUUGCAAGGGCAAUGACUCUUAAACGGCACAAAGCAUGUGCCAUUGUUUCUAAUGUUAUUGGGACGUCACACAAAGAAGUGUUGGCGAAAAAACUACAACACGCCAAAUUUAGCAUAAUGACGGACGAGUCCACCGAUAUCGGAACUGUGAAAAAUUCCUGCUUGGCGAUCCGCUUUUAUGACAAACAUUCAGGUUGUAUUGAAAGUAAGUUUUGGGAGCUAUAUAAAGUUUAUGAAGAUGGAGACUUAAAUGUUGAGAAAGCUUCUACUGCAGAAUAUCUCUACAAUGGUGUAGUAAAAACGUUUCAACAGCAUAACAUUCCAUUUGCCAAUAUUAUUGGCUUUGGAGCAGAUGGUUGCAAUACUAUGAUGGGAGUUCAGUGGAUUUUACCAAAAUUUACUACUUUCAACGAGUAUUUCCAGUCUAGAGCAGUAGCAAUUGUUGACCUUCAUGACAAGAUUAAAGCUCUCUAUACAGAAAUACUUCUGUAUUUCAUGAAACGCACUUAUGUCAUGGGAAAAAAUCUCAGUGAUGUUGACCCAAAAAAUGCAGCUCAUCAUCUGGAAGAUUCACAACUGUAUUUGGGUGUGAAAAUUCUGAAGAACGUUGGCACACCAGAGAUAAAGAAUCACCCACAUCUUAUCAAGGAUUUUUAUCAUCGAUGCAGGAACUUUCUUGUGCUCGGACUCGGAUGUCAUUUGAGAAGUAAAGGAAAGCAUCCCGAUUGUGUUUCUGCUCAAUUGGCGAUGGUGGAAGAAAAUGGUAACUUUGUUGGAAAACCAUCCACAGAAGUGCCAAGGAAAAGUAAAUGUUUCGUUUGCGAUGUGAUUAUUUCUGAUGGCGGUGUAUGGUUAAUGGAAUUACUGUCUGUCAACGCUAAUCUCCUGGAAAACAUUGGCAGUCUCAUGGGCGAUGGUGCUUUUGUUAUUGUAUCAUGGAAUGACAUUGUGUGCAACGCAUGCUCUUUGUUGCUGAAGUAUUUUACAAAGUUAGAAAGAGAUCUUAUGAUUUUGAAAAAAGUUUUGCGCUAUUACCUUAAGGUUAAGUACCGCUUAGAAGACGAUGGAUUUGACACGAAUACUACGAUUAGCCGGCAAGAUAUUGACUAUAUUGCUGAAUGCUCAUCCCAGGUACUCAGUGCUUCAGAUACAGAAGGAUCACAACUGUCAUAUAGACCACAAAAACUGGAUCUGCCUUUGUCUCAGAAGAGCCACUGUGAUAAAACAGAGCUAGUGCCUCGGAAUAAAACAGCAAAGGUGUCAAACAGUGACACUGUGAGUGGUUUAAAUCGGAAAGAGACAAAUAUAUUUAAAAAGGAAAAACUGAAAACACGUAAUGUGGCUGCACAAGAAAGGUGUCAUUUUGAAAAUUACCAUUCAACAUCAGAACAUUGCAAGAACAAUGAAGCCCACGAGAAGCAACUAGAGCGCACUAUAGAUGCAGAUGUUUGUGUCUCCACUACAGACAACAUGGGGUGUGCAUUAAAUGUGGAAGACCAUCAUAGUAAAAGACAAAAAUGCUUUAUGUCACACUCUUUGAGGAAUGGAAAUAAUGACACUAAAUUACCAGAUCAGCAUGAUGAAGCACAUAGUUUAUUAUUUAAGGAAGGAGCUUUAAAGCAUAAAUGUCCUCCAGGAAAAAAUGACAAUACAAUCUCAGUAGAAAAUUCAGAUGGAAAAAUGAAGAAUGUCAUAUCCAUAACUUUAAGCUCUGACAGUGAACAGGAAUUUGCAGAAGAUCAAUGCAUACAGUCCUCCACUAGAGAACACAUGCCACAACUUCCAUUUAUGAAGUCUCCUGUGUACAGAAUGUUGAGAAAAAAUAGUAACUCAGUGACUACUCAAGAAAAUAAACAGGUUUCAGAGGAAAAAAAUAAAACUGACACAUUUGAAGAAAAUAAAAAAGUAAUUAACCAGAGCAUUUUUUCUGAAGAUAUUAUUGUUCAUGAUAACACAAAGCCUGAGAAAUCAGGCCUUAAGCCUUUAGCAAAAGAGACUGGGAAAAUUAUUUUAAAUAAGGGAUAUGUUGUGGCAAGUAACUCAAUUGCCAACAUAUGCACAAAAACACUGGAGAAUUUAAUUCAAAAAGAGUUACCCAAAUGUACUGAAAGCAGUGUCAGAAGUCCACCUCACUCUGUAGUUAUAAAUGGAGAGCAGUCUACACGCACAGAGGGUUUAGAUUCUUCAGAUCAAAUGCUUUAUUUGCCACAAAAGACAUUUAAGAGGCCUGAGAAGGGCACAUGUGGGUCACCGGGCUCUGAGAAUGUCCUGAAAAGUAUUGAAGAUAAUCAAAUGAUGCUUCAUAAUCCUCAGAAUGAAUGGGCUGGUGGCCUAGAAAUUGGCUUAGAUGACGAUAUGCCGCACAUUGUUCUUGGAGAUGAAAUGGUUGUUGAUGGGUCAACAUGUGAAGAAAUUGCUUUUGAAGAAAUCCAGGAUACAUCUACACAUAAUAAUGAAAAAAAUUAUAGUAUUCAAAGAGAAAUUGCCGAGAGUAAUAUUUCGAAGAUUGAAAAUUUAAAUGCCCUUUGCUCUGGAGAUGCAGAAAUAGAUUUUAUAGAGUCAACUACUACUGAAGAAACUGCCAUUAGAACAGGCCAUGAAGAAAAUGCAAACAAAGCAUCACAGUUGGUUUCAGACACCAGUAGCAGUGGAAAUCAGAGUGCAGCUUCAGAAAAUAGUAGUAUUAAUAAUGAAAGAACUAUUUUGAGAUCUUGUGAUGUUAAAACUCGAGCAUCACUGCUUUUUCAAGAAAAUGUUAGUCACUUGCCAGCAUGUGAAAAACUUUUUGAGUGCCACAUAUGUAAUAGGAUUUUAACAACGCAAAGUAAUUUGAAACGACAUUUGUUAAAGCAUGAGAAGUGUACAGUAGGAUCAAUUAUCUGUGAACUUUGCAAUGAACAACUUGUUGACAGGGUACAUUUGAAACAACAUUUAAAAGUCCAGCAUCAACAAUAUGUAAAAUGUGCAUUUUGUGAUAAAGAAUUUUCAAAUAUGAAAUUGUGUAGAGAUCAUGAACUGACUCAUCCUGAAAGGGCAACUUAUAAAUGUGACAUUUGUAAUCAAAUGUUUGUCACCGAGGGUCGGCUUAAAAACCACAAAGAAUUGAUUCACGAUGAUCUGUGUGACACCUUCAGAGAUAAUGAUUUUUUCAAGUGCCACAUAUGUUUUAAAACCCUGAGGACACAUCACAAUCUUAAGAGACAUCUUACAAAUCAUGAAAAACCUCCAGUAUCUGUGUCAUGUAAUUUUUGUCAAGAAGUUUUCACAGAGAAAUCUAAAUUAUACCAGCACAGGGAAGAGAAACAUCCUAAGAAACACAACUGCACAUUUUGCAACAAAGAAUUUCUGAGCUUGAGAAGCUGCAGGAUACAUGAAUCAUUGCACCCAGAGCGAGUAGUUUACAAAUGUAAUAUAUGUGAAACUGUUUUCCUCACAGAAUUACGGUUGAAUAGACACAAAGAUAUAUAUCAUAGGGAACCAUACUGCCGGAUCUGUCGCAAGGAAAUAACUGAUCGUUCAAAACUUAUUGAACAUGAAAGACGACAUGGGCGCUUUAAACAAGUUUUUAUGUGCAAGGAAUGUCCUAAAGUAUUCAGGACAGCAUCAGGGUUGAAGUACCACAUGUCUGUUCAUACAGGAAAGUAUGCAGUGUAUUGUGAAAUAUGUGGUAAAGGUCUUCAUUCUGAAGUUGUAUUAGCAGAACAUAAAGCAACUCACACAAAAGAAGUGCGGUACACAUGUGAACUAUGUGGCCGAACCUUCUCCUCUAAUAGUACUUAUAGAAUGCACCGUCUCUGGCAUGAUAAUCCUUUGCCUUAUCAGUGUAAUUUCUGUGACAAAAAAUUUAAACAUACUUCUAUUUUGGCAGUGCACAAGAGACGGGUCCAUACUGGUGAACGCCCAUACAAAUGUAAGUACUGUAACAUGGCUUUCAGUGUCAGCAGCACGCUCAACAAGCACUUGAUUCUGCACACAAAACAGUAUCCAUUUAAAUGUGAACAAUGCAAUAAGGGAUUUACAACACGUACUAAAAUAGCGAAUCAUCUUGCAAAAGUCCACAAUGAUGAUAGCAUGUUAAUUGCUGGCAAGAAGGUUUGUGAGUAUAAGAUGGCAUUGAGGCCUAGUGAAAUGGCUGAUGUAGAAUCUUUACAUGAAUUUCCAACAGAUGAAACAGAUGAAAUGGAUUUGUAGGAAAAACCUCAGUCAGUGAAAGUUGUGACCAAUUGUCAGAAUACAAAGUCGUAUUACAGUGGCCCACUGUGAAAUAUAUUUUCUCAUUGCUAUAGUGUAUAAACUAGGAGCGAAGAAGAAAAUAGAAAUAAAUACUGAUGAGUUAACUAAACUCUUAAGACUGUAUAGGGACAAAUUCUAUCAUUUGAGGAGAUGGAAAUUAAAAAUAACCAAACUUAGGUCCAUGUACAAAGUGUUACUUUGCAGAGAAAAUGGGAGGAAGUAUAGUGUUAUUGUUUUUUUUUUUAACAGUAAUAACUAUGCACAGAUAAAAUUGACUCCGAUUGUCCUGAGAAUCUCAUCUCUUAUUUUUAAAUGAGUGGUUCUGAAGUGCACAAUACUUAAACAUUCCACCAAUGUUUUGUAGUGAGACUAAAAGACUCUUGUGUGAUACAUUUGUGUGUGUGUGUGUGUGCGUGUGCGUGUGUGCGCGCGCGCGCGUGCGCGUUUUGCUUUUCCAGAAAAGUGCUUAUACAACAGAAUUGUGUAGUAUACUGUAAUAUUUCUCGAAGUUUGAAUAUUUUUGUGGGAAAAAGUUAUUUUUUGUGGACUUAUAAGACCUUGUUGAAAACCGUCGUUUGAUGAGUUAUAAUCUGAAAAUAAUAACCACUAUU